AUCAUUGAAUAUCAUAAUUGGAUGUGAUUCUGAUGAGGUUUGGACCGAUUGGAGCGGUUAUUGUUAGUGGGCCGAUUUCCGUUCUUAUGCGGACUUCACCUUUACUUGUUAUUUUAAGGUGCAAAAGUUCAUGAUCGAUGUAACUAUGCAUGUGUCGAAUUAACUGGUUACAUGCCACUCCGUUUUCAAGACACAUUUAAUGAAAUAAGCGAAGAUGAUAUAUGUCGAUAUUUAAAUGAAAUUGCUUUGUCAAAAGAUGAACAAACAAAAAUAGAAAAUGAUAUCAAACAACUAUUAGCAAAUUUUGAAUACUCCCAUAUAAAAAAACUAACUAUGGACCGAAAAUAUCGAUUACGAUCUUCUUCCGUUGCUUCGGCUGCUGCAUCUCGCUCGGAUAAGACCGACAGCAGUGAGGUUAAAACAACCACAAGACAAAAACGUAAGCGAGCACCUUCAGUCAAAACGGUAACUGUUGUUGAAAAAAAAUCAAAAGUAGCCAGUAAAAAAAGUAAACCGGAUACUGACGUUAAUAAUGGACCAAAAGAAAAUUCAAAAUUGAAGAAUGAUAAUAAUGAAAUGAAUAAGAAUGAUAUAACUGUAUCUUCGCCAAUUAGUGCUACUAGUAAAAAACCAAUUACGGGCGAUGAUUUGUCAUUAUUCAAUCUCAUAACUGAUCCGUCCUGGCAAAAACAAUUGAAACCGUUAUUUGAAAACCAUAAAACAGCAAAGGAUAUUCAAUCAUUUCUUGAAAAAGAAUGGUUGGGAAAAAAAUUAAUUUUCCCAAUGAAAGAAAACAUAUUUGAGGCAUUUAAUCAAACACCAUUCGACAAAGUUAAAGUAGUUCUUUUGGGUCAAGAUCCAUACCAUGAUGACGGUCAAGCUCAUGGUUUAGCCUUUAGUGUUCCUAGAACAUUUGGUUCAUCAUUACCGCCAUCAUUAAAAAAUAUAUACAAAGAACUUGAGCGUGAUAUUGAAGGUUUUAAAAUACCAAACCAUGGCUGUUUGGAAGAUUGGACAAAACAAGGUGUAUUGCUCUUGAAUGCCGCACUAACUGUCGAGGCUCAUCAGGCAAAUUCACAUUCUCGAAUCGGAUGGCAUGCAUUCACAGAUAAUAUUAUUGAAAUUCUAUCCAAAGAACGAGAUGGUUUGGUGUUUUUGUUAUGGGGUAAUUUUGCUCAUAAAAAAGAAAAAUUAAUUGAUACAACUAAACAUACAAUCAUCAAAAGUUCUCAUCCAUCACCACUUAGUUUUGCCAGAUUUUUUGGUUGUAAAUGCUUUUCGCAAGCAAAUAAGGCCCUAGUUAAUUACGGAAAAGAUCCGAUAGAUUGGUCAAUUCAGUAG